GCUCGAGCAGUUGACGUUUGAGCUCGUAUUUGCAAUGUUGGUUAGUCUGUGUCUGUUGGCAGCACUCAUCGAAGUCAAAGCGGCUGAUUUUAAUGGGGAAGAUUACUGGCUUCUUCCUCGUCUCUUCGAUUUGGACAACUACGAUGAGUGUCUUUCGCAUCCCGACGGCUUGUACUGCCUCGGCAGCUUCCAUCUCACACCUGCUGAACAACCGAACCGUGUUUACGAAUUGAUGACUAACUAUUCAAAGGAAUUGUAUAGGUUCAAUCGCACUGUUAUCCGACGUGGAUGGUGUGUUAGUGCACGCGAGUCGAAUGUAACAGCGGAGCCGAUGAAUAGGUUUGAGCACUGCGCCGCGGAGUGGGCCCGCUCUCGUCGCAUGCGCGCCCGUCUACUCAGACUGGAGUACUGUAGGAGCCAUAGCGACGUACACGCCACACGGAUCCCUGACAAGUCCGAACUAACCUUUCUCAUUGCGAUAGCUGUGAUAAUAUUAUUGAACGCAGCCAGUACCGCGUAUGAUUACGCCACUCAGAAUAAUGAGAAAAAGAUUGCUCUCCUAACAACCUGGUCUGUUGUGGCCAACUGGCGGCAACUAGUUGAACCUUAUAAGUCAGAACGGAAAUCCCUACAAGCAAUCCAAGGAAUAAAAGUUAUAGCUUCUGCGUGUAUCUGUAUUGUGCAUAGUGGAAUUUUGUUAUAUACAUUGUUCUUGUACGAACCAAGAGAAAUGGAGCAGGUAAUAGCGAAUCCAUUAACAAUGGCGGUCCAGAACAGUACGACGGUCGUGCACAUGUUCAUUGUACUGUCAAGUUUCCUUACUGUUCACAAUCUGUUAAAGUCAAGCAAACCGUUUGGUUUCGGUACAUUCUUAAGGUUGCUCGCGAAAAGAAUAAUUAGAUUAAGCCCUGUGUGUCUAUUGGUGAUCGGUUUCGCCGGGACCUGGUGGCCGCGGGUCAGUGACGGACCUCUGUGGCCGGCUGCGGUCGCGGAGCAGAGUAAGAUCUGCCGCGAGAAGUUCUGGGCGCACGCGUUCUUUAUCCAUAACCUGGUGGAACCGGACAAGUUCUGUUUGAUACCGACCUGGUAUAUAGCGGUCGACAUGCAGAUGUACAUACUGGCAGUUAUCUUAACAAUGAUCCUGGCCAAGUUCAGUAAGAAGGCUGUGCCGAUUCUCGUGAUUCUAUUCAUAGGAGCCACAGCGUUGAAUGCGGGGUUGGCGUACAUAUACGAAUGGAAGUCAUUGUUGUAUUUGGCAAUAGUCGCAGAAAAUAUCAACUCUAUAUUCCGUGAUAUUCCAUCAUUGGGCCACUUUUACAUGUCGCCUUGGGGCAGCCUUCCAGCGUGUCUCGUGGGGCUCAUCAUAGGACAUUUGGUCCAUUUUACUAAGGGAGAAACCUUUGGAAACAUAUACAAGCGACGGCUCCUCAGCUUAUAUUACGUUCUGUGUAUACCUAUCAUGGUGGGCUGGUUGAUGCUGGGUAACUACUUCCAGCAUAUCCGACAUCCGAUCUUCGUAGCAGCGUACGCGGCUCUGGAGAGAUCUAUCUUUCAGAUUAUGUGCAUCCUUGCGUAUAUAGCAUUAGUCUUCAAAAAUGAUAUAUGCUUUAAAGCACUCGCCUGGCGAGGGUGGCAUCUGUUGGCGCAGCUCUCUCUGUCCGUGAUGCAGAUACACUGGUGCAUAGCGUUGUUCAUCAUUGGUCCAUCGCCUCAGCCGGUUGCGGUCUCGGUCUUUAACUUGCUACCGGUUAGCGUUACCACAGUCUGUUUCACGUAUCCACUGGCAUUGUUAUUGACUGUACUGGUUGAGCUGCCGAUGAAGAGGACUUUUGACUUUAUUCUUCGUUGAUUUUAUAUACAAACCACCCGUACUCGCCAGCUUUGCUGGGCAUUUAAAAUUAACAUUAUUAUUUAUUGUCAUUAAUAUUAGGGAGUCCAACACUCAUAUAAAUAUUAGCCUAUUCAUUAAGUAGA